CACCCCCUCCACCCCCACCCCUCCUCCUGGUUAUAAAUACAAGAUUCCUUGUUUGUUGAACUCACCUUGAAUAUGGAGGAGAAUGCAGAGCUAAAGAACAAAGCUUCUGAGAUUGGAGAGGAGGAUUUGAAACAGGAAUAUGGCGCAGGGCGAAAUCAGCAGCUUGGUGGUGUUAGGACAAUGCCGUUUAUUCUUGCGAAUGAGGCAUGCGACAGGUUCGCGGGCUCAGGCUUCCAUUCGAACCUCAUCACAUACCUAACACAGAUCCUCAACCUCCCCCUUGUCUCCGCCUCCAACACCCUCUCCAACUUCGCCGGCGCCGCCAGCUUCACGCCGCUCAUCGGAGCUUUCGUCGCCGAUUCCGUCGCCGGCCGCUUUUGGACAAUCGUCGUAGGCUCCACCAUCUACGUUAUGGGAAUGAUCGCGAUCACGGUGUCGGCUGUCCUCCCGCAGCUCCACCCGCCGCCGUGCCCGACUCGGGUCGACUGCUCGGAAGCCUCCGGCGAGCAGCUUUGGGUGCUGUACAUCGCGCUAAUAUUGACGUCGGCGGGGAGUGGCGGGAUCCGGCCGUGCGUCGUGACAUUCGCCGCCGACCAAUUCGACAUGAGAAAAACGACGAGAGAGUCGAGGAGUUGGAACUUCUUUAACUGGUACUUCUUCUUCAUGGAGUUCCCGUCGUUGCUCGCCUUGACGGUCCUCGUUUACGUUCAAGACAACGUUAGUUGGGCGUGGGGGCUCGCGAUCCCGACCAUAGUCAUGGCCUUAUCGGUCGUAGUGUUCGUCGUAGGAUCGCCGUUCUAUAGAAAGAUCAAACCGGCAGGAAGCCCGUUUGUCCGAGUUGCGCAAGUCGUGGUCGCGGCCAUAAGAAAAAGGCGCGUCACUUUGCCGGAGAAUUCUCACACUUUGUAUGAAAACAAAGAGCUCGACGCCGAUAUCUCGCUCGACGGAAGGCUUAGGCAUUCGGUUCAAUUCAGGUGGCUUGAUCGCGCUGCGAUAGUAGGCGAAAAAGACAUCGACGAGUCGAACCAACCGAAACUCUGGAGGCUUGCGACGGUCCAUCGAGUCGAAGAGCUCAAAACAAUCAUCCGAGUGCUUCCAAUAUGGGCGGCGACCAUACUACAAGUCGCGUCCCAUUCCCAUAUAGGUAGUUUCACAAUCGAGCAAGCUCGGACGAUGGAGCGACACCUCUCGCCGUCCUUCCAAAUCCCUCCGGCGACGAUGUCGAUAUUCACGACUCUCACGGUUCUCAUAGCGCUCCCUCUCUACGAGCGCCUCUUCGUCCCCAUAGCUCGUCGUUUCACAAAAAAUCCGGCCGGAGUAACAAGCCUCCAACGUAUGGGGAUCGGUUUCGGGAUCAGUAUUCUGGCAACUGUCGUUUCUGCGCUAAUCGAGAUAAAACGUAAACAAGUGGUGUUCGAUCACGGCCUCCUCGACCACCCGACAGCGAUCGUCCCUAUAAGUGUCUUUUGGUUAGUCCCGCAACAUUUCCUCGGUGGUUUGGCGCAAGUUUUUACGACCGUCGGACACUUGGAAUUUUUAUAUGACCAAGCGCCUGAGAGCAUGAGGAGCACGGUGGUCGCGCUGUAUUGGAUAGCGAUCGCGGUCGGUAACUACGCGGGCACGAUUAUGGUCUCGUUGGUUCAUAAGUAUACGAGAAGCGGCAGAGCAGACUGGCUGCCGGAUAGAAACCUUAACAAGGGUAAGUUGGAGUGUUAUUAUUGGUUAGUGACAUGUCUUCAAGGGGUGAAUUUGGUGUAUUUUGUGACUUGUGCUUGGCUUUAUAAGUAUAAGUCUAUGGAAGAGAUGGUUGAGAGUGAUGAGUUUGAGAGUGGUGAUGAGAAAGGGAAGGUUUGAUUGAAAGUUGAAGUUUGGAUUUGUUAGUGAUAUUUAAUUCUAA